AACAACAACAAAUUCAAGUCGCAAAACAAACAAACCACAGCUGAUAAAGCGAUCAUCACCGCAGCACUGCACUGACAGUUCAAACUGAUAACAGCUCGCGGAGUUGGUCGAGCCAGUCAGAUCUUCACCAUUCGUCACAGCAUGAGCAAGAUGGCAAGAGCCGGCUUCCGAAUCGCACUGCUCCAGCUCAAGGUCGGUCCCAGCAAGGCGGACAACCUGGCAAAUGCCCUCACCCGGAUUCGUUCCGCCGUUCGGGACAACGGCGCGCGGGUAGUGGCCCUCCCCGAGUGUUUCAACUCACCGUACGGGACGCAACACUUUGCCAAGUACGCCGAGGAGAUUCCCACGGGGGAGACAAGUCGCAGCUUGUCGGCGGUCGCCAAGGAGUUGGGAAUCUACCUGAUCGGGGGGACCAUCCCGGAACGCACGCCAACGGCCACCUACAACACUUGCACGGUUUGGUCUCCGGAGGGCGCCCUGUUGGCGACCUACCGGAAGAUUCACCUGUUCGAUAUCAACAUCCCCGGCGGGAUCACGUUCCGCGAGUCGGACGUCCUGACCGGCGGCGACCAGCUGGCCGUGAUUCCGAUCGACGGAGCCCGCGUUGGCAUCGGGAUCUGCUACGACAUCCGGUUUGACGAGCUCGCUCGGCUGUACCGGAACAAGGGUUGCGACAUGUUGAUCUACCCGGGGGCGUUCAACAUGAAAACGGGUCCGCUGCACUGGGAACUGUUGGCCAGGGCUCGUGCCAACGACACCCAGUCGUACAUUGCGACGAUUUCACCUGCGAGGGACGCUGGCGCGGGUUAUAUCGCCUGGGGUCACUCGAUGGUGGUGGAUCCGUGGGCCAAGGUCGUGGCGGAGGCGGCGGACGGGGAGGAAACAAUCGUGGCGGACGUGGAUUUUGGCAAGGUGGAUGAGGUGCGGGCGCAGAUUCCGGUGUUUAGCCAGCGGCGGACGGAUCUGUACGAAACCAAGGAGCAGAAGUGUUGAAGGGAGGUCGAAUUGUUUGAUUUGGAUUUUAAAUAAAUAAGAGAUUUGUUGCAUUUUAA